AUGCCCCGCUCUUCUCGCACAGGUGAAUUGAUAUACGACGCGGAGGUUGAGAAGGCAGCGCGUAAGCGGAGGCAAGAGACCAAGAGACGAAAACAAGGGCACUUAUUUGCUGCAAACGAGUCAGCGGAAGACGAAGUAAGCAUGGCCAACAACCAAACAUUGAGGGAGCUGGCUGCCCCGGAGCUGACUCACCAGCCCUUAUGCAUCACAUUCCCUACUUUGGCUGAGAAUACUGCUUUCGAACUGAAGUCGGGGUUGAUUCACCUUCUACCUUCUUUCCAUGGUCUCUCUGGUGAAGAACCCCACAAGCACGUCAAGGAGUUCGAGGUAGUUUGCUCUAGUAUGAAACCUCCUGGGGUCACUGAAGAGCAAAUUAGACUGAGAGCCUUCCCGUUUUCUCUCAAAGAUGCAGCUAAAGAUUGGUUGUACUACCUACCAGCAGGUAGUAUUACCACAUGGGCGCAGCUGAAAAAGAAAUUCUUGGAAAAAUUCUUCCCUGCAUCUCGGGCUGCGAGUUUGAGGAAGGAAAUCUGCGGUAUUAAACAAUAUCCCGGUGAGUCCUUGUAUGAAUACUGGGAUAGGUUUAACAAGUUGUGCACUAGAUGCCCGCAGCAUCAAAUUAGUGAACAACUGUUAAUCCAAUACUUCUAUGAGGGACUCCAAUCAACAGAUAGAAGUAUCAUUGACGCCGCAAGUGGGGGAGCACUGGCAAACAAGACACCGAGGGAAGCGUGGGAGCUCAUCGAGGCCAUGGCAGAGAACUCCCAGCAAUUUGGCUUCCGUGAGAGCAACCCUUCCCGUAAAGUCAACGAGGUAGAGAUUUCAUCCCUACAGCAGCAAAUGUCAGAAUUGACAUCGGUUGUUAGGCAAUUAGCCAUGAGAGACACGCCGAGAGCGAAAGUAUGUGGGAUCUGUACUAGCAUGGACCACUGCACGGACACGUGCCCCAUUUUGCAAGAGGACGGAGCGGAGCAGGUGAACAUGGCUGGAGGCGUGCCCGCGCCUCGUAGGCAGUAUGACCCAUACUCCAACACGUACAAUCCGGGUUGGAGAGAUCAUCCCAAUUUCAGCUAUGGGAACAGGCAACAAAAUUCAUUUCCGCAUCGUCCACCAGGAUUUCAGCAACCAUGGCAACCGAAAUCACAACCAUCAUCCUCCAACACAGGGAGUUCCUUGGAGGAUAUUGUAAAGAGUCUGGCUACGACUACCGCCCAGAUCCAGCAAGAGACUAGACAGUUCCAGCAGGAGACCAGGUCAUUGACCACAAAUAUGGCUCAACUCCAGCAAGAAACUAGAGCUUUAACCAUGAGCACCAAUCAGUUCCAGCAGGACACCAAAGCAGGCAUGAAGGACAUGGAGAUUCGAAUGAGUCAAAUGGCAACUGCCAUUAACCGCCUGGAGUCCCACGUCUAUGGGAAAUUGCCAUCACAACCCGAGGCAAAUCCCAGGAAUGUAAGUGCCAUGACAUUAAGGAGUGGCAAAGAGGUGGAUGGACCUAAAGUGCUAAAUUCGAAAAGCAAAAGUGAAGAGGAGAUAGAAAAGGAGAUUGAAGAGGAAGGGCGCAUUCGCGAAGAGUCUAAGGUACCCAAGUACGCAAAGUUCUUGAAAGACUUGUGCGUUAACAAAAGAAAGCUAAGGGGUGAUGAAAGAGUGAUGGUAGGAGAGAAUGUAUCAGCUGUACUUCAAAGGAAACUCCCACCCAAAUGCGGAGAUCCAGAAUUUCCUAAGUUUGCUUAUAGGGGUAAAUCCAAGGUUGCAGCGAACAAGUCCUAUAGGAUGAAAGCAAUUCAUGAGGUAAAAAUGGAGAGAAAAUUCAGGAAAAAAGUUGCACUCAAUGGCCAUGUGGAUCCUGGAGGAGGGCCACCAAUUACAAGGAAAAUUCAAUUACAUCCAGACUAA